AUGGAUUUCGACGAAACAUCAGAAGAAGCUGUCACAACGAUUUCUAUGAUAAAAAACAUGACUUCCACCCAAAGAAGGCUCUCUGGUUUGAAGCCAUCCUCAGUACUACCUCUGCGAAGUUCACCUAACAGAUUUGACGCCAGGCGAGGAAGCCCAAGGCCCCUGAGUAACCAGGAGAAGUUUUGUGUUAAGCCAACAAAGGUUUCCAAUCCCUCCUGGCCAAGUAUUGGGGUAACUUUAGCAAGCAAGGAGUUCAAAAGAGGACUUGAGCGCAAAAAAUUAAGGCAAAGUAAAAGUGAAAUGAUCGUUGAUGACUCCAAUACACGCAUCAUUCCACGAAAUACAGAUUUCCCGCAAAGGGACAACGCGCGGUUGGCAGUCUUGAAAUCAAUUCUUUCCAAAGAAGGUGAUGCCACAUACAAAUCAGCUGACACUGUCCCGGAGAAAUUUUCCUCUGCCUCGAAAAAUUCGAGAAAAAAGCCUCAUCCAACAUUCCCAGCGGCAAAAGAGGGCACAUUUUAUCCGCUGCCUUUACUGUCAGUCGUGAAAAUCAAUCCAAUUCAUCGCCAAGCAUUUCUUCCGAAGAGCAAAGUGACGCCUUGCCAAAUGAAAUACUUCACUGAUGCAGGACCUCCACGGCGCCAUCCCACCCGUUACUCUUCAGUUUACGAUUUACGUCAAAUGAAACAGGAAUAG